AUGUCCCCCCGAGGGUCAUCUGCGCCUCAGCUUUGGAGCCCUGCAAGCUCCAAACAUCCCCCCCAAAAAACCCCAAACCCAGGGACCCCCCCGGGAUAUUUGGGGCGAGCUCCCCCUCCCCGGGCACCUGCGGGAUGGGGGCGGUCCGGGGGUGCUGCGAGUUCAGGGAGCGCUGGAGCCGCGCAGUUCCUCCGCUCGUCGUCUCCUCCCGCUCCCUCCUGCCGCUCCGCCUCUUCCUCCCUCCCUCCUCCUCCUCCCCCGUUCCCCGGACCCGUCGAAGCCCGCGGGAGGAGCGGGAAUGGAGCCGGGCCAGGUCUCCACACAGUGCAGCUGGGAUCCGGGAGCUUUGCAGUGUCCAUUGGUGCCACCUGGAUCACCCAGAGGUGCUGGGAAUCCAAAGGCAUCACGGUGGAGCAGAUGAAGCAUUACCUGGGGCACACCGGUGUGGAAGAUCUCCCAAAAUACAUCAGAUAUGGUCAGGAGGCUGUGGAGUACAAAGGUAGCACAACAAAAAGCUGUCCUCAAGUGCUUCAUCUCCACUGCACCCACAUGUCCUGCCUGCUCCUGCCAGCUCUUGCUCUCCAGUUGCUCCUCAGAGGCCACGAGGGGCUGGCAAAGCCCCUGAGCAGGCACCAUGGACAGGUUUGAAAUGGUAAGUUCAAUUGAUCUUCAACUAGUCAGUUUGGUAGUAGAAUUAACCUUUCCUCAAAAUAUAGCCUCUGCUUGCCCAUUUUGAAAACACUCACAUAGUGUGAAUUUGCCUUAUCUUGUAUGUGCUAUAUUUACCUGAAAAACCUUUUGAAGAGAAAAACACAUUUACUGUUUAUUAUGUCUUUCACGUUUCCUAAGGACAUCUGGCUGGUUUUGGUAUGUUCUGUUACUGCAGGCAUCAGGCCCAGUGCUUGCAGUCUAAUUGAAGAUGUGUUUCAUGGAAAAGAAUAGAAGAAUCUACCACAGAGACGGAAGGGUAAUGGUGGAAAAUAAUUCUCUUUGGCCUAUUACUUGUGGUCCUUGUAAACCCACUGUGCAAGGGCUGGGUUUGCAAGCUGCAGGUUGAAGUACAGUGAGUUUGUCUGGAUAAUGCUGUAGCCCCAUCUCAGCAGAUGCAGAAAGGGGCCAGAAUCCGGCAUUUGGAGUGUGAAUUUGGGGUGCUGGCCUUGCCCCAGAGGAGAGGCAGGAUGUUCCCUGCAGGGUCUGCAUGGAGCAGACAGAAGAGAUGGGCAAGUGUUUGCAGGGCCCCUGGGAGGGGAUCUUGGGGUUCCUGUCAGCAGGAUCCUUGUGCAGCUCAGGCUGGGCUGGGCAGCAGCUCCAUCUGCAGCUUCCAUGUGCUGCUGCAGCAGCUGCUGCUGGGGACCCUGAGGGAAGAGGCCCCGGCAGGGAUGGAAAUGCUGCAGGGACAGCUCCAGCCAGGGCCAGCAGUGAGCUUUGCCUUCCUGCCUGGGGAAAUGAGGCUCCUCUAGUGCAAGAGGAGGCAAAGACAAAAUCAAGUUCAACACUUCAAGGAACACUGUAGAAAAUUGGAAGCCUCUCCAAAUGUCACACACAUUCAUCUGUUAGCUCUUCAGUGUUGGUUCUUGUAAAAAGCCUUUCCAGUUUUCCCUUGGAUCUGAGAUUGCAGGGCCCACAGCUGGGCUUCAGAG